CGCGCUGCGCGUCCCUCCCGCCCGCCCCGCGCCAUGAAAGUCGCUACCGCCGCCCUCUCGCCGCUGCCCGCCGGUGCUGGCGGAGCCUUGAAAGCAGUGAGGCCUGGGGAGGCUGCCCGCUGCGGGCCGGGCCCGGGGGUGUCCCCAGGGGCGGCGGAGCAGGCGGCCGCCGCGCUGCUGUACGACAUGAAAGGCUGCUACUCCCGGCUGCGGGCGCUCGUACCGACGCUGCCUCGGCACCGGCGGGUCUCCAAGGUGGAGCUGCUGCAGCACGUUAUCGACUACAUCUGGGACCUGCAGCUGGCCCUGCAGUGUGGGUCCCCUCGCCCCGCUGCAGCCGGGGACCCCUCCGAGGCUCCGUGCAUGCCCGCUGCCGACCGGAUCCUCUGCCGCUGAAACCGCUCCGGAUUCACCACGGACAUUCCCGGGAUCCCGGCCCUGGCCGCCGCGCCCCCGUGGCAGCUGUGGCACCCGCACCUGGCGGGGCUGCCCCGAGGGUCUCCCCGCAGCGUGGGCCGGGAGUCCCGGCCGGUCGUAUCCUUCUCAGAUUGCUGAGAGUAUUCCCCGUAUUGUAUAUUACAAUGAUGCUGGAGAAUAUUGUUCUACAAUAGCUGGAGUUUUGUUAUUAAACAAGCCCUGAUGACCA